AUGGAAGACUUAGAAUUAUUCAAAGAAAAACACAUUAAAUAUAUCGAGUCUCUGGAUAAGAAGCAACAGGACUAUGAAUAUUGGCUAUCAGAACAUUUACGGCUAAACGGUGUGUAUUGGGGUCUAACGGCCCUGUGCAUUUUAGAUGCCAAGGAAACAUUCAAUAGAGAAGAUGUGAUCAAUUUCGUCAAAAGCUGCUGGGAUGAUAGAACUGGUGGGUUUGCUGCCUUUCCGCGCCAUGAUGCACAUCUAUUAGGAACGCUAUCGGGCAUUCAAAUUUUGGCGAUCUACGACGCACUCGAUGCGCUGACAGAAGAGCAGGUGGCGAAAUGUGUUGAAUUUAUCAAAGGGAACCAGCUCCAAGAUGGCUCUUUUCAAGGAGAUAGGUUUGGUGAAGUUGACACGAGAUUCACUUACAACGCUUUGAGUGCGUUGUCAAUUCUCGGUAAAUUAACACCAGAAGUGGUCGAUCCAGCCGUGCAGUUCAUUUUACGUUGCUAUAAUUUCGAUGGUGGAUUUGGACUGUCACCUGGUGCAGAAAGUCAUGCAGCAAUGGCUUUUACUUGUGUUGGUGCGCUUGCAAUUGUAAAUAGACUUGGCGAUCUCAGUUCAGAACAAAUUGAUAACAUUGCUUGGUGGCUUUGCGAAAGACAAGUGCCAGAAGGAGGGUUAAAUGGAAGACCAAGCAAACUUCCUGAUGUUUGCUACAGUUGGUGGGUUUUGUCCACUUUAGCAAUCAUUGGCAGGCUAAGCUACAUUGAUUUUGACAAACUUAAAGGGUUUAUUCUGAGGUCACAAGACAGUAAGAGCGGAGGCAUCAGCGAUCGUCCAGGUAAUGAAGUUGACGUGUUUCACACAGUUUUUGGUCUCGCAGGCUUAAGUCUAAUGGGAUUUUACGAUUUGGUUUCAAUUGAUCCAGUCUAUUGCAUGCCAUAUACUGUGACUUCUAAGUUCAGGAAGUAUCCUUAUUAA